UAAAUUCGCCCAUCCUGUUGACUGCCCGUGUGUUGACUGCCCGUGUGUUGACUGCCUGUGUGUUGACUGCCCGUGUGUUGACUGCCUGUGUGUUGACUGCCCGUGUGUUGACUGCCCGUGUUUUGACCACCUGUGUGUUGACUGGCCGUGUGUUGACCGCCCGUGUGUUGACUGCCCGUGUGUUUACUGCCUGUGUGUUGACCGCCCGUGUGUUGACCGCCUGUGUGUUGACUGCCUGUGUGUUGACUGCCUGUGUGUUGACUGCCUGUAUGUUGACCACCUGUGUGUUGACUGCCUGUGUGUUGACCCCCCGUGUGUUGACUGCCCGUGUGUUUACUGCCCGUGUUUUGACCGCCCGUGUGUUGACUGCCCGUGUGUUGACUGCCCGUGUGUUGACCGCCUGUGUGUUGACCGCCUGUGUGUUGACCGCCCUUGUGUUGACUGCCCUUGUGUUGACUGCCCGUGUGUUGACUGGCCGUGUGUUGACUGCCCGUGUGUUGACUGCCCGUGUGUUGAAUGGCCGUGUGUUGACCGCCCGUGUGUUGACUGGCCGUGUGUUGACCGCCUGUGUGUUGACUGCCCGUGUGUUGACUGUCUGUGUGUUGACUGUCCGUGUGUUGACUGGCCGUGUGUUGACCGCCCGUGUGUUGACUGGCCGUGUGUUGACCGCCUGUGUGUUGACCGCCUGCGUGUUUACUGCCCGUGUGUUGACUGCCUGUAUGUUGACUGCCUGUAUGUUGACCGCCUGUGUGUUGACCGCCUGUGUGUUGACUGGCCGUGUGUUGACCGCCCGUGUGUUGACUGCCCGUGUGUUGACUGCCCGUGUGUUUACUGCCCGUGUUUUGACCGCCUGUGUGUUGACCGCCUGUGUGUUGACUGCCUGUGUGUUGACUGCCUGUGUGUUGACUGCCCGUGUGUUGACCGCCUGUGUGUUGACUGUCUGUGUGUUGACCGCCUGUGUGUUGACUGCCUGUGUGUUGACUGCCCGUGUGUUGACUGCCCGUGUUUUGACCGCCCGUGUGUUGACUGUCUGUGUGUUGACCGCCUGUGUGUUGACUGUCUGUGUGUUGACCGCCUGUGUGUUGACUGUCUGUGUGUUGACCGCCUGUGUGUUGACUGUCUGUGUGUUGACCGCCUGUGUGUUGACCGCCUGUGUGUUGACCGCCUGUGUGUUGACCGCCUGUGUGUUGACUGUCCGUGUGUUGACCCAACCACUCAUCGAGCGGUAUUUUGUGCCUUCGUUUUUAAUAUCAUUAAUCAUUCCCUUAAUUCUUUCUUUCGCUCAUUCGCCUUUUUAUCCAUUUCUUCUAUCCAACUGUCAUCUCACAGGUUGUUUUUUUUUUUUUUUUUUCAUUCACCCUCCCCUUCAUCAUUUGGAGAGGGGAAAAAACUUUUAA